ACAACUUGGGAUCUGCUAGGAAAUGGGCUUCUGAGCUCCCUUCCCGUCCCUCCAUGUAGGUCUCAAGCCUCCUCUGUCUCUGCUCUCUCCGCAGGUUUCUGCCUUUCCCUUGUCCACAGCCUUGGUGGGACCCGCCAUUGUUUGCUCUUCUUUCUAGAGAAUGAGUCUUGUCUCCAAUUGAUGGGAAAAACUGCUCAGGACAAGACCAUCAGAACAGCACUUGGUUACUGAUUUGUAUGCUGUGCAUAUGUUCACUGUUCACAUAGUAACAGAUAUCUUAUGAGUCAUACUGUGUGUCAAGCACAGUGCAUACUGUCCUGGGCAUUUACUCAACACCAGCACUGUGGAGCACCCAUCAUGAGUGUCUGUAGGCCAGGACUCACAACUAUGUGCAUCUCUCUUCAUCAGGCACCUCGUCAAAAGCCAUCCACAGUGUGGGGAUAACGCAGCAAGUAUCUGGUGAACGUGUGUGUAGUAAGUACCACUUCAUUUUCCCCUCACUGGACACCAUUUACAAAGAGAGGAAGACCUGUGAAAAUUCCCAUGAGGCAGCGCAGAAGCAUCCAGAGGCCACCGUACAUGUCUCGUGGCCACUCUCCAGCCGGUGAUGGCGGUCUGCACAGGGCUUCUUCCUGGGGCGACUCCCAAGUAACCUCCCUUCAGCUUUCCCCCUGCUGUUCUGUGGUGCUUGUCUUCCAGCAGAGUCUCUCUCACUUUAACAAUUAAAUGGACAACCCAGGAAACCUACACUUGGAAUUCAGUGAAGAAAUGUUAGACUCCUAUGGAGUGUCUCAUUAGGUUAAAGGAAAGUUACGGAAAAGUCUGAUGGGAAAAUGAGUUUCUACAUUUUGCUUAGGGCCCAAAAAGAAUCCUAGUUUUUGUUUCCAUUCAAGUGCAUAUAGUAGUAUUUAUUUCGAUUCAGGGAGAUGCAGUUCGUUUUUAGGAUUCACAAAGGCUUCUUGACAUCAGAUCCAAAGCUUGUGCCGUGAAGAUAUGGUCAAACAUUCUCACGCAGCAUCACUGAGCCGGAGAGCAACCUGAGAAACCUGAGAACUCUAGCUUUCUGAGUGGGAAGAUUCCAUCCGGCUUCAUAAAAUACUACCUGGAUCUGAGAACUCUAUGUGUAGGAAGAUUCCAUCCGGCUUUAUAAAAUAAUACCUGGAUCUUCAAGGUUGGCAAAGAAGAGAAAAGCUCCUUGGGAACUUAGUUUCUAGGUCUCACAGCACAAGCUCUGUGUCCUCAGAGUCGCCGUCCUCAAGAAGCCCUCUCACUGGUCACUGCUGCGGCCCCUACAUGGACCAGUGUGUGUCCACAGCUCCUCCCCGAUUCCCCAUACCACAACUGGGAACAGUUAAACAAAACUCUGCAGGAAAGGGAGGGAUACUCAAGGGGAAUUUGCUGCAGAAGGAAACAUCUACCACGUCUGAAAAUGAACAUCAUAUUCAUUUGUUCACAUUGCUGGUUCUCUUCCAUGUGACAGUGUUGCUGAGGAACCGCAGGAUACAAGGGGUUUCUGAAGACUGGAAAAAGGCAAACAGCGUAUUUUGA